CCCCCACUGAGACUAGCGAUGGUUAAACCCCGCGCUCUGAGACACGCAUCUUUCUCUCUUUCUCUCUCUUUUUUUUUUUUUUCCCCUCGUCUUGGGGCUUGCAGCUUACGGAAGAGGAAAGCAUCUGAUGCGUCUGCUCACAUGCCACUUCUGAUCAUCCGUUGCCUCUUUGCACAGAGCACGAUCGCCGGGGAAGAUGGAGACGCACUAAGUUGCCCGUAGCGCGAAGUGCUGCAGGACCCGCCGCUCCGCGCCGCUCCCCGCGAAGUGACACCGCUCCCGGGUGAAGUUGGAGCGCGGCGGUGGCUGAGCGCGGCUCUCUGUUUCUCUCCGCGGCUGUAGGUCUUGCGGAGCGCGGCGAUGAAGAGGCAGCCGGCACCCCGCGGGACGCGCCUGGUGCUCCUCGCCCUGCUGGCGUGGCUGCCCACAAGAUCAGUUCUGGCUGACUCCCUGGAAGAUGAAGCUAAGAAUAACAUCACCAUCUUUACAAGAAUUCUAGACAGACUUCUGGAUGGUUAUGAUAAUCGUCUUAGACCUGGAUUAGGAGAUAGUAUUACUGAAGUCUUCACCAACAUAUAUGUCACCAGUUUUGGACCUGUUUCAGACACAGACAUGGAAUACACAAUAGAUGUCUUCUUCCGUCAGAGAUGGAAGGAUGAGCGGUUAAAGUUUAAGGGCCCAAUGAAUAUUCUUCGAUUGAACAACUUAAUGGCCAGCAAAAUCUGGACCCCAGAUACAUUUUUUCACAACGGGAAGAAGUCAGUUGCUCACAACAUGACAAUGCCUAACAAACUUCUACGAAUCCAAGAUGAUGGAACUCUUUUGUACACCAUGAGGCUUACAGUGCAAGCCGAAUGUCCAAUGCACUUGGAAGAUUUUCCUAUGGAUGCUCAUUCAUGCCCACUGAAAUUUGGCAGCUAUGCAUACACAACAUCAGAAGUGACAUAUAUUUGGACUUAUAAUGCUUCAGAUUCUGUACAGGUGGCACCAGAUGGUUCAAGAUUGAAUCAGUAUGAUCUUUUGGGCCAAACAAUUGGAAAAGAGACAGUUAAAUCAAGUACAGGUGAAUAUACAGUAAUGACAGCUCAUUUUCACUUGAAGAGAAAAAUUGGUUAUUUUGUCAUUCAGACUUAUCUCCCAUGUAUCAUGACUGUCAUUCUCUCUCAAGUCUCAUUCUGGCUGAACAGAGAAUCUGUACCGGCUAGGACAGUUUUUGGAGUUACUACUGUGUUGACAAUGACUACACUGAGCAUCAGUGCUCGAAAUUCACUCCCCAAAGUAGCAUAUGCAACAGCUAUGGAUUGGUUUAUCGCUGUUUGUUAUGCAUUUGUAUUCUCUGCAUUAAUUGAAUUUGCAACUGUAAAUUAUUUCACAAAACGAGGAUGGGCCUGGGAUGGAAAAAGUGUAGUGAAUGAUAAGAAAAAAGAAAAAGCAUCUGUCAUUAAGAAAAACAAUGCCUAUGCAGUGGCUGUUGCCAACUAUGCUCCAAAUAUUACCAAGGACUCAGUUCUACCAACCAUCUCCAAGAGCGCUACAACUGCAGAACCCAACAAGGCAAAACCAGAAGCGAAGCCGCAGGAAGCAAAGAAGACAUUCAACAGUGUUAGUAAAAUUGACAGAAUGUCUAGAAUAGUGUUUCCAGUCCUAUUUGGUACUUUCAAUUUAGUGUAUUGGGCUACAUAUUUAAACAGGGAGCCUGUCUUACUUGGCUUUGCACCAUCAACCUAAAACCUGAAUUUCACUAAGGACUUAAAACAUCAUUCUAAUCAGAUAGGCUGUCUGCUAUGUACAGUACGACUAAUAACUGCUAAUAUGUGAACCAUUAUGUACAGAGUGUAUAUAGAUGUCUAAUCUGUGUAUCUCCAAAGGAGGGACACAGUGUUAAUUCAUGGGUUUGUAAACAGCACCCAUGGCAAACAUAGCCAACUCUCUAAAAGUUAUACCCAGGGGAGCUCUGUUAAACUAGGAUUCAAAUAUACAGAAUUAUAUUCUCUCCGUACAAAGAAAUAAAGAUAUGAUCCUACAUAAUUAUUUAGGAACAGUAUUUUUUAAUUUAAAGUUAAAAUAUUUUUCUAUAAAGUAACUAAUUCUACUUUAAUGAAAGGAAUUGUCAUUUAAAAAUGAUUUUUUUAAAAGAGUGUAAUUGUUUCAUAUAAUAGCAGUACCCAUGUACAUAAGAGUACGGAGGUCAUACAGUUCUGUUCACAAUAAUUCUGGAUACUAGUUAGGCUGAGGAGGUAGUAAAGGCUACUAUAUUGCAAAAGCCACAAGUUUCUUACUUCUGUCCUGUUUGAAGUUGUUAAUAAACUACUACAGUUAAUUUCGGAGAAAAGUGUUGACUAGAUUUCUAAUAUUUAAUUAACUUUCACUCUUCACUGUUUUCUUAAUUUGAUGUUGCUAAGCCAGGUUGUCUGGCUCAACAAAGUUGGAUUUUUGUUUCUUGAUUUUUUUUCUGCUUUUUGAUUUUAUUCUUAAUCAGAUUAUUGUCAGGUUCAUAAAAGCACUCAAAUUUUUCAAGGUUAAGUAUAUCAGUAACAAUACAUUCUUUUUCCUUGCUCAGUGUUAUUAUAAAAUCUGCCGUUAAAGGAUUUGCCUGCAUUUUUCCCAGAAAGCAAUGUUUUCACAGGAAACAAGAAUUCAUGAUUUAAGUUCAGGAAAUUGUCCAUAUGAAUAAAAUUUACUGCUGCUUUUGUAAAUUGCAAAUUUACAUUUCGCUGACAUAAAUUUACAACAACUUUGUAUACUAGAAAUGGUUUUGCUAAGAUUUGAAUGUUAUUUUUCUAAUAAAAGGUCAUGCAUCAUCAGUAGGUAUCAACUGUAUUUCAUAUAUACGAAUAUAACAGAAUUGGAUCUGCCAUUUGCAAUUUUAUAUGAACAUUUAAUACUGAUCAGUAAAUUGUUUUUCAUCUGAGCCUUUGCAAAGAUUCUUUAUGCCCCUAAAGGCCUGGUAAAUCAUGACGUAAGUAGUAAUUGUGUACUCCAUUUAGAAUUUAGUAUAUGUAGCCAAUCAAAAAUAUUUUGAUUCACACAUACAUUAGCAGUUAUUAGUUGACCGUUAGAAAAAGAUACACCUUUAUGAUGAUGUCUUCUAGUAGACAUAUGUAGUCGUAUAGUGUCAUUUAUUGCAGUUUUGUACAGUACUUGAGUAUAGUGCAUUAAAUAGGUAUGUUCAGAGUUUAAUAAAGUUGUAAAAAAAAAUAUUUCUAAAAUCAAAUAAAAGAGUAUCUUAAGAUAUGGAAAUGUGCUAAAAAACAACAAAAGGAAACACUGCUCUUAUUUGUUGUUUUAUUUUCUUGCAUUUUCUUUGCUUUUAAUGUGAUUCUGUUUUGUACUUUGUGUGACUGUAUAGAUGCCAAGGUCACAAAUGCAUUUUAUGAAUAGAAUGAAUAGUUAAGACAGAGUUAACAUCAGCAAAAUAAAGGGAGAAGUAUGG